AUGCGAGAGUUUAAUUUAAACUUGAGCAGCGUAACUGAUCUUUCUGAGGCUUUAGUUAAGAAGAAUGAGUCUUUGAAUGUUUACGAGAAAAAAAUUACGAUGCAUGAAAGUAGGAAGCAAUUCCGAAAAGAGAAUCGUAUGUUUGAGCUUUUCCGAGGUCGAUUUUAUCGUGGGUUAUCCGAGCGUGUGGAAUCCGAGCAUGUGGUUAGCCGUGAUGAAAUUGUGAGUUUUUGGUCUACAAUGUGGAACAAAAAUGAUGACACAGUCACGUACGAUGAUUAUUUGAUUCCAUUUGUAUCAGAUAAUCAUCCGACCACGUUUCCUUCACUUGAUGAAUUUGUAAAUAUCAUUAAUUGGCUUCCCAAUUGGAAAGCUGCUGGAAUUGAUGGUAUUUACAAUUUUUUCAUUAAGAAACUUACAACUCUUCACAAAUAUCUUUAUGAUAUUGUGAAAGUUAUAUGUUUAGAAGGAACACCUCAAGCUGAUUGGUUUUACUGCGGGCUUACGUAUUUGAUACCGAAAGGAAUACCACGAAGAG